AUGUCCGAAAUGACAAAGCUCACCAACACCGGCCAUGGUCCACUUCAGGUCCCUGGAUUCGGGGGCAUUCCCCUGAACUUUGAGCUCCCUCCGGAGAACCGGUUCGCGCAUGGACUGGUGGAGUAUCGCCACUCACCUCGCCUAACCAAGCGUGAAAUGGCUAUGCUACGACUGAUGCAACAUAUCACUGAGACACCCGGGUGGGAUUGCUCAAUCCUACAUCCAGACGAGGAACAACUUACCCAGUGGCACCGAGAGGCAGUGGAAGGCCCCGAAGGGUUUCUUAUCAGCGAUCUCGCGUGGGCUUGGUGCAUCUCGGAAUUACGCGAUAAGGCGAAGCUCUGGCAGAUUACAGGACAUCUGUUAGUUUUCGAUAGCUCCUCGGCUGUGUGUCAAACGGACGUGUCGGGAGUGCCUUGGGAAGACCUUCAAAGACAAGUGGCUCAUUUGGGGCCCCAGGCAGAUCAUGAAUCUCCGCUGGUGGAUCCAUCACUGUAUCCCCUUGUUUAUGCUCGGUCGCCUAUCUUAUCUCAAGGAGGGCAGGUCACUAUGCGUGACUUAUGGUGUUUAACCGGGCAAGUUGAUAAAGAGCCCCCUCCACAUCCAUUCGAUCAACUUAGUCGACGACCAAUCGAUCUUUUCCGCAGGGUUGGAUCCGGGGGCCCCGAGAGCUGCUACUCGAAUCGCUUUCAAUGGCUACCCUGCGAGGUAGAAUUCUUGUCUGAGCAGUCUCUAGACGUUCGAAUUACCUCCUACGUUAAUAAUUUGAAUCCCAAACGUCACCGAAACCUAUAUGGCCAUCUUGAACAUCUCAUCACCUCCUCGAUACCGUCAUGGAACGAGAUUCUGUUCCGAGGCAAUAAGCGUGGCCGUCGUCCGCCGCGAAUACUGACAUACGGUUGCUAUAUCCAUAAUCACCUAGAAGACCGCCAAAUCUUCCACGAUAUCAACCCAAUGCUUCACUGGAGUGCGCUCUGCGAAACACAUCAAGAGUGGCAAAAGCGAUGUGAAGAUGCUCGGAAGUACAUCUCCGGCCCCGAGCCGCCAAAAUGGCGCCAGGCGGGACGCCGGCGACAUUUUCCGGCUAAUUUACUUGAUGCAAUCAAACCUGACCAGUGGGAUAUUCCCAAGUUUGUGAGUCGCCUGAUAAGGACCAAGCGUGAUCGUCGGUCUUGGUUCGACCACCCCAAGCCUGGCAUUUCUUUUUCAUAUAAGCAAUGGAAGGAAGAUCAGUAUACCGGGCGCGCAAUUAUACCUCAGCGAGUCGGCAAAUACCCAGACCCGCUUCAUCAUGAACGAGUAGCUGUUCAGCUUCAGGAACAAUUCCGCAAAGACGGUCUUCAGGUGGUAAUCGAAAUCUCUCGCGUUGAACUCACACCGGAGAAGCCGAAUUAUGCCGGCGAUGCGCAUUUUCACACCGAGGGUCUACGCAACGACCGCAUUGCAGCCACGAGUUUGUUUGUGGUGGAGGCAAAAAACAUCACCACGCCUCGCAUCACAUUCGACCACGAGGAUAAAAUACACGCAAUGGAGUUCGAGUGCAAGGUGCCGGACACAAUGGGGACAGUGCUAGACGUGGAACCUUUUGAGAUUUUCGAAGAGAAAGCACCUGAAGCACUACAUACCUUCGGUUCUAUUCCACUACUGGAAGGUCGUCUGCUAAGCUGGCCCGCCACUUUUCGGUCGAAGCGAGAGCCAUUUGACUUGGCGGAUCCCACCCAGCCCGGACAUUUAACUGUAGUUAAGCUCCGUCUAGUCGAUCCGCACUAUCGAAUCUGCUCCACACGGAAUGUGCCAGCCCAGCAGCAUGACUGGUGGGCCUCUGAAGCGCGGCAGACUGCUGGGUUAGACAAACGCUUGCCAGCGGAACUAGUGCAGCUGGUUAUGGAGCAAACAGAUUGGUGGCCUAUCUCGAGGAAAGAGGCAGAGCGCAUGCGCGAAGAGCUCCGUCGUGAUCAUAAGCGGAAACGUAAAGCCGUUGACGAGUGCGUAGGCCACCAUCUCGUGAGCUUCCUUCCGUAUGACGAAUAUCAAGCCCGGGAUGCGACAGAAGCAUCCGGAGUCGGGUAUGAGUCUCCGUGA